AUGAAAAAUUCAGAUUUUAAUGAAACUGAUAUUAAAAAAAUUCGAGAACAAGACCUUAUUGGUAGGGCCUUUCUCCAUUUGACUGAAGAGAAGUUAACUCAUAAACCUGGCCUUUACAAGCUCAACCCAAGUCCAGCAAAAGGAAUUAUAGAAUUAGUUGAGGAGUUGAAUGAAAAACUAG